CCACCAAACACCUAAAUCAUCAAAGCAUUUGCAAUGAAAAUGCUGCAGGCAGUUGUGAGUUUGGCUGCAAUGGCCAUGAUGAUCAACUUCACCAUGGCUGCAAAUUACACAGUUGGAGCUCCAAAUGGUGGAUGGGACCAAUCCACAGAUCUUACAACGUGGGCUUCUUCACAGACAUUUUUGGUGGGAGACAAUUUAAUUUUCCAGUACACCACAAAUCAUGAUGUUACUGAAGUUUCCAAGCCAGAUUUUGAUUCCUGCAGUGCUAGCAGCCCUUUGCAGCCACCCCCCCGCGGCCAGCCGAUACUUCAUCUGUGGAAGCGCCGGCCACUGCCUUGGCGGCAUGAAGGUCCAAAUUGACAUCCUUGCUGCCUCAUCACCGCCGCCUUCCACUACUCCACCGCCUCCCGCCACCCCUCCUCCUUCCAUCACUCCCUCCGUUCCACCACCGCCACCCGCCACCCCUCCCACGGCUCCACCACCCCCUUCCACCACUCCCUCCGUUCCGCCUCCCUCACCAAGAACCGCCCCUUCUCUGCCACCAACGCCUUCCGUCGGCCGUCCAGUUUCCUCCCCACCUCCUAAAAGUAUAGCUCCGGUGCCGUCACCCAAGCAUUCUCAUGGACCGGCUCCAGCGCCAUCACCAUACCAUUCUCAUUCGCCUGCUCCGAAGGUGUCCCCUUCAUCCACACCACCCACGGCGGCUGCCAGCAACCCUACGUUGCCACCCGCCGCUGCCGCUCCUUCUCCGAUUGGUUCCUUAUUGCCGCCGCCGGCUCCCUCCUCAGCCACUAAAUUUACUGUGAAGGGUGCUCUCACCGCCGCAUCUUCUGGUUUUCUCAUGACGAUGUUCUUCAAUCUUUGAGGUGCUUACUUAGCCGAAAAAUGGAUCUUGAAUUCGUUGCUCGUCUGAUUGCUGAUUGUAUUCUACUCCAUUUUUUAUGAUUUACAUUGCACGCAACACAUUGUUCUUGUUGGCCAACAAUUUUUAUGCACCUUCCUCGCAACCCGUGUUCAAUUUUAGGGCUAAAAAUUAUGAUAAAUGACUAUUGUUAAUUAAAAUUAAAGAAAAU